AUGGGGACCCAGGGGGGGUCCUCUGACGUUCCCGAUGCAGACUUCUCACAGUUCUCACAGUCUGCGAAUCCGGGUGCAAAUUCGGAGGUUGGGCAGUUCAGUUUGGGAAGCGAUGAGAAGGGUAGGAAGAAGGUUACCUCCAAGAAGAAGAAGAAGGUGGAUGCGAAAACUGAUAAAACUAAGUGGACAGACGAGGAAGAUGAGUUGUUGGUGUCGGCUUGGCUUAAUGUGAGCCAAGAUCCGGUUGUGGGCACAUAUCAGUCGAAAGAGACCUAUUGGGGCCGUAUCGCAAAGUACUUCAACACAUAUAGGAAGCAAAGCAUGAUGCCAAGGACCGACAAAGCGCUGAUAAACCACAUGAAGCUCAUCACUGAUGCCGUGACAAAAUUUAUGGUGCAUUACAGGAAGGUAGAGCAGUUGAAUUCGAGUGGCACCAAUGAGCGUGACAAGAUGGCUCGAGCCUGCAUAGCAUAUAAGGCAAUUGAGGGCAAACCAUUCGCGUACACCCACUAUUGGGUGCUGCUUGCCGACCACCCUAAGUGGCAUGCACAUGAAUCGGCAAGGGCACAGAAGGUCCAGGAUGUUGUGGACGCCCAGUGCAGCCAAGCUGCGGGCAACGACGUCCCAAAUGAUGCGGCUUCGAAUGUGUCCACGGACCUUCCCCGUCCUAUUGGCCGUGACCAAGCGAAAGCUGCCCGUGCACGCAAGUCACCGUCCACCUUGUCACUUUCCACCGUUUUCGGAGGUAUGUAUGAACGACAUCUGCAGGACCUCAGCGAAACGAAGAAGGUGAUGGUCAAGCUAAAGAAGGAACAGCUCGAGGUGAUGCGGCUCCAAGCGACGGUCCGAGUGAAUGACCAAGACGAACGUAUUAUGAAGGUUUACUUGGACAGUGUUAGCGGCCCCCUACGCGAGUACUAUAGGAAGCGCCAGGAAGACAUAUUGGCGUGGUGGAAGCUCCUAGAGGACCAUUCCUAG